CCCUCAUUCAUCCAUCAUGGCAUAUCCGGCUGUGUUCGAGGACACUCGCCGCUAUUACGAGGCUCCAGAGUUUUACUUGGGCGAUUGUGUUUCGGUGAUUUUCCUUUUCAAAACGCACCGCCAGCAACGCCACCAAAUAGUAAAGAAACUGUUGGAUGGCGACGAUAAACCUUGGCCAGAAGGCGUUGAAAAGAAGCGCUUGGAAGUUAUGCCGUGGUUACGAAACUAUACUCCAAACAGCAACAUCGUCUUUAAGCUCUUGAACGAAUACAACGGAUCUGCAAGAGUAUUCAUUGAUGAAGAAGGUGCAGAAAAGGGCAAUUGCAUUAUCGGCCAUCUAGUUAAGGUCAAAAUUGGAGCUGGAUAUGGAAAUGACACAUUCGAGCCUGAGUUCGCGAGGGUCGAACUGAAAAAGACAUUGUACCUCAUUUCGAGCAAUGAAGCACGACAAUACCAAUCCUACUUCCCUGGGUUUCUUGAUGAAGGAUGCAAACUAGAAGAUUCUGGUGUCGAUGGCGCAGAUAAACUUUUACAAGAAGAGUCUAUUCACACCCAAAACGAGUGGAAAUGGCCAACACAUAUCCCCGGAGAUCUCCGCCUGCAGAUCGAGAAGCCUGUUAUAAUAUCACUUAUCCACCUCACGGAUGCGGAACUGAAGGAAAUCCAAAGUGAUGUCGGGACAGAUGACGUUGAUAUUAUCAACUGGCCCUCCGAUAUCGAUCCAGCAACUCAGACUGACACCUGGCACAUUUUUGAUCGAAUCAAGCCCGACUUCCCAGGCGAGAACACCAAAGUGCACGGCUUCUUCAUCGACAGCGAUAAUUUCGCUGGCCCAAGACGGGAACCCGAACUUUUGCUCCUUACACUCGAGCUUGGCGAAGCCUGGUGCCGUGGUUUGAAAGGAGGAGAUGGUGUGAACACAUUCACUAUGGAGAACUUCUUGCGAGGGCAUGCGAUCGAGAAGAAUUUAUUUACAGAUGCGUGGAGAGCAACCUUUGUGACCCCCGAACUAGAGAAGGAAAACCAGAUGCGAGGUCUGAAUCUCCACGGAAUGUUCAGCCCUGUCAGUGUCAACAUUGGGAAUCCACACGUACCCGCCGUAAUAUCAGAGUUACCCGUUUUUGUGUUACAGAAAAUCACAGCCGUCCAAGAGCGCAUGCUGCGAGACGACUGUAGACAUGACUGGGACGAGCAAAUUGUACACGUACCUAGAGGCGAUGGGACGUUUAGGUCUCUAAUGCGAUGGUUCCAGACGGCCGAGUUCAUGCGCUACAACGAGAAACCACCACGGGAUUUCAUUGCUAUUGAUAAGAUCACUGUAGCAGGGCUGGAUGAACGUGCAGCAAAAUCAGGCGAUCCUACGACUACGGAGGAAAGGCCGUUGAACAUUUUGCUGGCUACAUGCGCAAAUGUUUGGUAUACAGGUGACGACGAAAAUGGACCACAGCUAGGACUCGACGAGGUCGGCUAUCGAGUCGGUCGUGUAUUGAACGAAGACUGUUGUUCAUGGCAGGAAUGGACUGGACAUUGCUCGCAGGCGAUGGGGCUGAACAGUUUCAUCGAAGAAUAUGAAGAACAGUUGGAUCAAACAGGUACGGGGAAUUUCUACUGGAAUUGCUUUGACGAGGACGAUGAAGAGUUGGAUGAGUUGGUAACCUUGAUGGAGUAGCUACCGAUAUUACUUCCAAGAUCUGUCCUCACAGUAUGAGAGUUCUGCCAAAAGUGGUAUAGCAUUUCAAUGCCAUCCUCAGGUGCAUUGCCUUAUAUUAAACAAAUUUCCUGCUCUACCAGGCCAGAGAGUCUCGAAGCUUGGAAGUGCAUGAUACCAUGUAAAUAGCACUCCCCGAUAAGCUUAUACUGCCCUGGCUCUUUACCUUCCCUCACCACGAAGGGCACUCUUGAGCCAAAGAGUAAUACCACCUUGUC